CAUCCAUUAAAAAUAAUUAAUUGGGUGUGUACGAUUUUUGAUUAACUUAUUAAUGUAUAAUCUGGACAUCCCAAUAUCAUUGGUAUUUUAGCCUAUUUCGUUGAAAAUAUGAGUGUAACAAUUCAAAGUCAAGCUUCUUCAAAUUGUCCACGAAAUGAAGUAAUUCAUUUACAUCCCCAACACAAAAGUGUGUUUGUUCACGGAUAUGGAGGAUCAUCCGAAAGUGCUGAACAUCAAGCACAUAUCCUCAGCUCGUACAUUUACGACGAAUCACUCAAUAUCGACCCAAAGAUUGCGGUCAUUCCUAACGGAGCACAACGUUUCAAUGCUUCUUGCGCUAAAGCAACCACUCAUCUGUUAGAUUAUAUAAAGAAAAUUGCAAGAGGCGAACAAAGUUCAAAGAGCAACGGGGAUGAAUGUGUUGAGCUGCUGGUGUAUUGCCACAGUAACGGUGCGAAACCAGUUCAGAAGGCUCUUACUCCUGAAAAGCUUACAGAAUUAUGCAAGAAGGAAAAUAUCCCUGAAAUGGAAAUAGACAAUUUAAUGAGAAGAAUAAGAAAGAAAAUUGUCGUGAUUUCGUUUGGAGGAGUGACUUACAUUCCGGGAAACUAUGCCAAGAUUGUCAUGAAUUUUUGUUCAACAAGCGACUAUUUUAGCCAGUUUUGUCAUUUUAUGGAAGUUGGAAAGCAACCGAAAGAUGACGAGGCAAAUCCGAAAAUUUAUGUGAGAGAUCCUGCAAUGCCCGAGAGAGAGAGAGAGGUUUCUGCUGGAAUAUGGGAAUAUUUCCCAACAGUUAGCACUGUCUCGGGGGCGGCCAAAGAUUUAGCUUCUAAAUCUUGUUGUGAAUCGGAGAAUCAUCCACACUAUCUCGGAAGCAUUCUGAAGAAUAAAAAGAUGAUCUGUUACAUAAGAGAAGUUCUGGGAUUAAAAGCGGUAGAACAUCUAAACUAA